UCUGCAGGGAAACGGGGAAACGGGAAAAGACCAAUCAAAAACAAGGAUACUAGCAUGUGGAACGGCCGGCUAACUAGAAGAACCAAGUUGCUACAGCAUCGUCCUUAGUGUCUUACCAAGCAGGAAAGAUGGAUGAAAUAGAAGAAUCUCCUCCUGUUUCUGAAGACCUGGUGCCCUGCAAAAUAUGUGGAAGAAGUUUUUUUUCGAGGGUGAUUAAAAAACAUGUGCCGAUCUGCCAGAAGACAGUGGCAAAGAGAAGGAAGGUGUUUGACUCCAGCAGGCAAAGGGCAGAGGGGACCGAUAUUUCUACAGUCAAACCCAUAAAACCAAAGUUACAAAGUUCUUCCAGCAGCUCUAAGUCUGAUAAACCUGAACCACCCAAGAAACAGUCGAAUUGGCGCCGAAAGCAUGAAGAAUUCAUUGCCACCAUUCGCGCUGCCAAAGGCUUAGAUCAAGUCAUAAAAGAUGGUGGACCCCUUCCUCCACCCCCUCCUCCAUCCUAUGAUCCAGAUUAUAUCCAGUGUCCCUAUUGCCAGCGACGCUUUAGUGAGAAUGCAGCAGAUCGCCACAUCAAAUUCUGUAAGGAGCAAGCAUCCAGAAUCUCCAAUAAGAGCAAGGUUCCUGGAAGUGAGAAAGCUAAACCCCCAGCCAGGAUUCCGUACAAACCUCCACCACAAAAGAAGGCAAACUCUCCCGCUGUACCUAUUGUGUCCUCUCGUCUACCUCAGCGCUCAGCCUAUGGGCAGGGUGCUGGCACGGGGAUUCCCAGCAGCAAAACCUCAUCCAUAGGCUCAGUUAGGAGCUCAUCAUCAGGAUAUUCUCCGUUACAGAACAACUCAUUCGACUUGAACAGCCCUCCCUCUGAAGGGAACGUGAAACCCAAGGGUAUGGUUUUGCAAAACUCCCUGAGAAGUCCACCUUCUGGUAUAGGGAUGAAUAAGAAGAAAGUCCAAAAUGCAGAUAAUUCAAGGAAUGAUGUGAAGAAAGAACAUGAAAACAAUUACUCUACAAUAGGCACCAAGUUUUGCCAUGAGUGUGGGACCAAGUACCCCGUGGACUGGGCCAAGUUUUGCUGCGAGUGUGGCGUGAAACGAAUGUACAUUUAAAAUAGUACAAAUCAUAGAAAGACUGACUCACUGUAGCUGGAAAA